AUGGAGAAUGCUCUUCGUGGACGAAAUGGUGGUGGUGGUGGUGGUGGUGGUAGUGGUGGUGGUGGUGGUGGUGGUGGUGGUGGUAGUGGUAAUAGUUGUCAGCAAAGUUUGAUCAGCAGAAUUCGGCAAGGUACCAGACGAAGAACUACUGGAUCAAAUGUUAUUAGUCAUUCUGAAAGUACUCUUGAUCGUGCAGGAAAUACAGCUGAAGUAGAAGCAGGGAGUACUUGUCAUCAGGAUUCAUCGAUGGCUCGUUUGCUGACAAUGCCACGUCAAAGCGAUGACAUCAGUUUUGUAUCGACUUCUGACUACAGCGAAGUAGAAAGUUUGGGCACAUUGGGUUUCAGUUUGAGUGGUUGGAAAGCAAAAAGUCGAAACAGUACAGGUGGUGUUUUCAGGAAAACUCAUGACGAUUCUUCAGGAGGUCACAGAGCAGUUACUGCUACUGCAUCUCUUGGGGUCACUGAUAUAGUAACGGAUGAAUCAACGAAACCCAAGCAAUCACAAUCUAUUUACAAAUGCUUAUCAGCUGAUGAUGGUACGGAAAUGAUCUUAGGUGAUUACAAUUUGGUUAUGGCACCACUCUAUCAGUGGUGGCUUAAAAUGCAGGCGAAAAAUCAUGAAGCUGAAGAACGUGAUGUAUCGGUAGCAACGAUGUGGGGACAACUUGGCUCAUGUGCAUCGCUGCCCAAAUCUCGGCGUUUACGUCGACAACCUUCUGCUGAUAUCUACAAUAUCGAUGAAGAUUCCCCAUCAUUGCAACCAAAGACAAUGGACGAAUUUACACCACUGCUGAAAAACGUCAUUCGUGCAAUACGUCGUAUACAACUACUAGUCGCCAGACGUAAAUUUAAAGAAGCGCUAAAGCCUUAUGAUGUCAAAGAUGUAAUCGAACAAUAUUCCGCAGGACAUGUCGAUCUGCAAGCACGCGUCAAGCAUGUGCAGCAAAGGUUAGAUCAAAUUGUAGGAAAACCAAAAGAUGAAAUGAAAGUAUCUUUGACACAUCGUGUUAUUAUAAUGGAAUUACAGAUGCAGAAAAUAGACAAAAAACUUGAUUUACUUGUGGAAAUGAUUUUGGAAGAUAAAAAGCAAAAGAAUCAAUCAUGUAGUUAUCCACUUUCUUCUCGUCUUCCAAGUUGUUCUUCACAACGUUUCAUGGCCGCCGGUGAUACGAGCAGAUCAACGUAG